AUGCCGGAGUCGCCGUCGUACCUCGCCGCGCACGGUGACUUGGAAGGUGCACGUUCGGCGCUGGCGUGGUUGCGCGGCACGUCAGCGCACGCGACGGCACUUGACGCCGAGAUGGAAACGUUGCCACCGCUCGACGACCCCAAGCUGUCGUCUCUUGACGUCGUCAAGAACCUGUUAAGCUCUGCGCAACGACGGCGCGCGCUGAUCGUAAGCACGUUGGCCGUGGUGGGGCAGGAGGCGUGCGGUGUGUUCGCGCUACUGCAGUUCGCCGAGCGCGUGUUCGUGCUCGCGCGGGACGAAGUGGUCGCUGAUAGCGCUAUUGCGGUUGCCGGCCGAGAAAUGUUGCAUGCCACGAACGUUGCGAGGGCGACCGUGACUAGUGGAGUGAACUCGACCGACUUGUCGAAUAUGACGGACGUCGGUGGACUUUGGACCUUGUCUGAGGCACCUACACAGCAGUCAACACUACCGUCGCCGGCUCGGCACGCCGUCGUGUUGGGCGCCGUGCAGCUCGCCGCUUCCUGUUUCGCACUCUACUUCGUCGAACGGAUAGGACGCAGGCCGCUAAUAAUAAUGACGGGUUUGGCGACGGCUGCCUGCUUGGGCGCAGGCGCGGGCGCGAUCUGGCUGGGUACGGGCGUCCGCGCCGACCUAUGGACGACGCUGGCUCUGGCCGGUGCCGUGGGCUUCGAUUCCGCCGGGCUGCAGCCCGCGCCCUACGCAGUGCUCGCCGACAUGUUCCACUACGAGUGCCCUGCGGGAGGAGAGGGCCGCGGUGUCCUCCAGUGGCGUACGACGGGAGAUCUCGAAAACGCAUUGAAAUCCUCGUUCUCAUACCCGGUUACUUCCCAGAAAAGCGAUCCGCGGUGUUUUGCGCAGUACCGCGGCUGCGCAGUGAUGGUGGCGACCGCGGCCGCGUGCGCCGGCAACGCCGCCGAGGUGCUGGUGUUCCCGCUGGUGGCGGCCGCGGGCGGCGUGCGCGCUGCGCUGGCGCUGUCCGCCGCGCUCACGCUGCUGUACGUGGCCUUCGUCGCGGGGCUCGUGCCCGAGACGCGCGGCCGCUCGCCCGACGAGAUCUACGAAGAGCUCGGGCCUCGCGCGCCUCCGGCCGCUGAACACGCGCGCGGUGUCUCACCGCGGCCCGCCGGAGACGCAUGUGUGGCGACACACACACACUUGACCGAUGAGAUGACCCGUUUGUAA